AACUUGUAUGAAUCUGAUCUCUCUCGCAGCUGAGGUCUGAAUCAGUUGUCUGGGAAAAGUGAUGGAAACUUUCAGGCUAUAUUUAUGGCCGGGAUUUUUCUGAGAUGAAAGCACCUUGUCUGCAUAUACGACUCGCUUCACUUAUGUUCAGACUUCCUCUGCUUGCAGCAGGGAUGCCCAACAAUAGAAGCACAUGAAACACGAGAGAGUGUGUUUCAUUAUUAAUCAGGCGAGGGAACCCAGACAUAAGUCAACAUCAUGCAACUUCUGGAGUUUGUAACAACAUCCAAGUCAUUUAUGUAACUGAAUUUUAAUCUUUAGCACCUUAUAAACCCCAAAUCUGAACAGUUGAAUCCAUCCACAGUUAAACCUAUCAGAUGUUGUUUUCUAAGAAGUCCGGUCUUGUGUAAUACCUGGUUUAUUAACAGGUUAAGUCACAUUCACAUGUAAAACUACAGACAGACGUUGUUGAUUUCCUUGGUGUUGUUGUUAUUUUGUCCACUAAGUCUCGGAUAUCUGACACAUGCCUGCUGCUCAGUAGCACAAAGUGUAGAGUUACCAACCCGUUGCUACAGCAGUGUUGCUGAGCAACAUCCGAUAACACAAAAGACACGCUGAGAUCAGGUUAGACGAGUGACUUGCAUUUGCUUUUGUGUCACAAGAGAGCAGCCAUUUGGUAAUUUCAGCACCCCGGACAGCGUCUGGUCACAGUGAACAGCUCCAGUUAGGCAUUUUUGUUUGUUUGCUUGCUUGUUUUGAGACAUAGCGGCCUGCUUGAAGAGAUGAAUAUGGAUAGAUGCUGCACAAACGCCAAUGACAAGUUUGUAAUCCUGAAAGGCUCCAUCUAAAGGAAUGUUCAGGAAGAUUAAUAAUGUGUUCCGUCCCAACCAUCAUGGACACAAAGGACGGGAUGGUAAUGGUGGCGGUGGUGGUGGUGGGUUUCGGUCUGAGCAGGACUACCACAACGCCUGCACCGUCAGGCUGGUCCGCAGCACCUCCAUGCUCGUCGUGGGAGAGAAAACUCAAGCUGCCGUGGGCUCAACUUUAAAACGGAGCAAGAGCACAGUGAGCAUCGAGUCGACCUUGUACUAUUAUCAGAGACAAGAGGACAGGAUAUGGCUCUACUCUCAGAAUCAGAACUGCCUGGAGUACCUGGAAGCGCUCGUGGCUUUGAGACGGCAGUACACAAAGAGCGUGAGUGACUUGAAAAGUAACGAUGCCAAGGCCACAGUGUCCUCCAAGAAGAAGCCCGCACCCCCUCCGCCUGCGAAGGAAGAACCAAUAUCAAGAGCCAAACCCUCUGCCCCUCCGGUCCCCAAUGUCGAGGACACGUUGCAGUUCUUUGAUGCAGUCAUCGCUGGCUGCGACAGCGAACCUCUGCGCAAACCGUACAUGGAUGAUGGACAUGCAGAUGUGGACUUCAUAGUGGCCUCCAGCUCAGCUGAACACGACCUCCACUCCAACUGGGUCCUGCGGGUCCCUCGGGUCGCGGACGACCCCAACCAGAAAGCAGAUCAUGACUGUGCCAAGGAAAGCGCCCCAAAGAAGAAAAACCAGAACGGGUCCACAAGCAGCAGACUGCGGCUGCAGAGGAACCCGAUCCAUCUUCCGAAAGUGGUGGAGAGUGCAUUCCAGACUCUGCGCUUCAAGCCCAAAUUAAAAAAGCAGUGAAGCCUGAUAGACAUUUGAAACCACCAGCACUGCCAUGAUGCUGACAUGGAGCUCAACCUAGUUUGUAUGGACAGACACCAUGCUCUGAUAAAACUCCAUCCAGAGAAUUAAUACUUGCAUAAAAUAUGUAGAAGGUAUUUUAAAGGGAUAGUCUGGAUUUUUGGAAGCAGGGUUGUAUGAGGUGCUUAUCCAUAGACAGUAUAUUGCAAAAGUUCGCAUGCCCCUAGUGUGGAGAAGCAGACUGGAGUCCGACAUGGAAGCUAGGUAAUCUGCUGUAGAGGGGUCCACCACAAAUCAUAUUUUAGCCACCCGAAUAAAUCGAUAUCAGUUUACAUGUUCACUAUAUUGAGAGUUUUUUCCACUGUUUCAUCUUAAUAUCAGACAUUGAUUUCCAGCAGAAAAAUGAAGCAGUCAUUAUCGCUCUCUCAUAACCAGACUCCAUUGAGAAAACUCAAGCUAAGUGCCCCAUACAACCUCACUUCAAAAAAUCCGCACUAUCCCUUUAAUAAAGCAAAUGUUAAGAAAUCUGUCUCAUCGACGAUGUCAAGUCAGUGACUUGUCAUAGUUGGAAAACCACAGGCGUUACUAAUAACAUUAACGAUGGCUCUGUUCUUUUGAAGUGUCCCAGUAAGUCAUGAUACCAUGACACCAUGACCAACAUGCACAAUACCAGGACCCUGAAACAGAAGCAGCUGAAUGGAACUCAGCCAUCGUUCAUUCAUUAUUUACUCCUGUGUUUUUCCUUUUACAUGUCAAAAUGUCUCCUGUGAAAAAGGCAUAACCGGUAUCAUCUGUUUCAAGGAAUUCUGAACCUCAAUAUGCGAUUCAUACGUCUCAAUAAGAUGCCAUUUUAAAUGAAUAUUACUUUGAGGAAUUUUACAGUUUAGUAUGUAAUAAAAAAAAUUCCUUCUGAUGCCAGGAGAUUACUCUAACCCUUCUGUUGAUAGCAUUUCUUUAAAGUGUGCUUUUGAACAGAAUUAAAUAAGAGAAGUAAUAUAUAAUAUAAAACGCUGUGAUAGGUAUGGAAUUUAGCUUGAGUAGGGUUUAUGGUUCAGACCUGUGGAGAGAUGGUAUUCAUUCGAGGUAUCGAAGAAAACGGUAAAUUGCAACACUGUCCUUCACAGCAGUGAGACUGGCUGAAAGGUAAACAUAUUUCUGAACUGCAUGAAUGCCAGCUUCAUUUAAGAGAGGUCUAGAUUUGUAAGGCGAGUCUCAGGGCUGGGUUGACUGAAAAGUUGAAAACCAGUGAAGGUUAUCCUGCUUGUUGUCGCUGAAGUUAAAAUGGUCGUAAACAUAAUGGGUCAAUUCAGCCAAUUACAAAAAAGAAACCCUCAUUUCUGACUUGAUGUUAUCUUGCAGUGCUGAUAUUUCUGGAUUUAUUUGCCCAUCGAAUGAACCCUGGGCUGUCUGCAUGCUUAGAUACCACAGGGGGUAGUUACAAAAAACGUCUUUGGGCAAUUUGGGUAAGAUGUCAUGGUGGAAGAAGUAUUGUACUGUAGUGUAUUGUAAGUACUGUUUACUUUAAAAGGACAAAUACUCAAAGUAUAAAGUAAAGGGGUUAUCAGUCAUUAUGCAAAAUGUCUCCUUUCAGAGUUGUACUUAAAUCACUGAAAAAUACAUGUAAUAUUUAAAUGUUGUAGUUGGUCAACAUGGAGCAAAGUUUAGAUGUAGAUCAGGAGUCGGCAACCUUCACC